UGCUAUUUUGCCCUCAUAAAACUAGGCCUUAUACAGCCCUGUCAAUAAGAAAAACAAGGGUUAUGGCUGCUAAACAUGGAGCCGAUGAUUACAGGGUUAAUAAUAUGAGGUAUGGCAGGAAACAAUGUAGCCAUCUAUUGUAAAUAUUUGUGUGACAUGGGGGCAGCCCGGCCGGGCGGCCUGUCAUUGUCCCUGACAGCUGGGCACCAGGCCCACGACCAGCCUGUAGUAGCCCUUGUGUGUGAAAAGGGGCGGCAACAUCAGCAGCUCGUCAAUGAAACCGUCCAGAUAGAAAAAACUAAUAAAGACAAUGCGCCGAAAUCCCCGGAUGUUGUUGUUUGCAGAUUUGUUCAUAGCAAUAAAGUUCCUCGUAUUAAAAAAAAAAAUCAAUAUUAAUGACAUCUGCGACCCCGUUGCUCACACUGCAACCAACCUUGCUAAAGAAAGGUAAGAAGGCAAGGUGCGUGACUAAGCGGGCUAGAUAGGCCAAUAGAAAGCGCGAACACAGAAAACCGGGCUUCGGGAAAGGCCAAUAGAAUCUCUAGUUGGGGCAGCGGUAGGCGGGGAUUGAUGUGAAGCGUCUUCAGGGUUGUAUGCGCUUCUAUGAGGAGGUGGAGGGAGCCGGCGGCGGAAGGGAAUCUCCCGCCAUUUUUCAAUCCCUGCUUUUCUUCUGUGUGUGAGGGUUCAAAGCGGGAAACCGGUGGGGGCUGGUCGAGUCCGGCAGCUGUACCUUCAGCAGACUCGGAUUAAGCCGUCCGUUAACUCCGCAGCCACGCACUUUUACCUCAGCCUGCUCUAAGGAUGGCGCCGUUGCUGGGCCGCAAACCGUUUCCGUUGGUGAAGCCGCUUAGUGAGGCGCCCGGCGAGGGAGAGGAAGUGUUCGUUGUGGAGCACACCAAGGAAGCGUUCAAGAGCCGGGAAGAGUACGAUGCCCGGCUGCAGCACUACGCAGAGCGGGUCUGGACGUGUAAGAGCACAGGUAGCAGUCAGCUGACUCACAGAGAGGCCUGGGAUGAAGAGCAGGAAGUGGCAGAGUUACUAAAAGAAGAGUUUCCCGUCUGGUAUGAGAAGCAGGUGCUGGAGAUAGUGCACCAUAACACAAUCUCCUUAGACAAGCUAGUGGACCAAGCGUGGAUGGAUAUAAUGACAAAGUAUGCCAUUGAUGAAGAGUGUGACUUUGAGACAGCUCCUGAAAAAUACAUAAGGAUCAAAAUUGUAAAGAUUCAUCCUCUAGAGAAAGAUGAACAGUCAAGUGCAGAGAAGAAGGCUGAGGGAGCGUGUGAUUCUCCAUCUAGUGACAAAGAGAACUCCAGUCAGGUUGCACAGGAAAACCAGCUUAAAGAAGAAGAGCACAAUCAGAGAGACAGUCUAUGUGCACUAAGAGAAAGUGACAGAGCAAGACGCUCACCUCGUAAACUCCCUGCCACCUUGAAAAAAGAGGAGAAAAAAUGGGCCCCACCUAAAUUUUUGCCACACAAAUAUGAUGUGAAAUUGCUGAAUGAAGAUAAGAUAAUCAGCAUGGUUCCCGUGGACAGUCUAUACCGCUCUGAACGACCUCCAAAUAAAGAAAUACUUCGUUACUUCAUUCGUCAUUACUCGCUGAGAUUAGGCACAGGAGAGAAUGCUCCUUGGGUUGUUGAGGAUGAGCUGGUCAAAAAGUACUCUCUGCCCAGCAAGUUUAGUGACUUUUUACUGGAUCCUCAUAAAUAUAUGACUUCAAAUCCCACUCCAGCAACCAAGAGAAAGAGUUUAGGGUCUCCUGACCAAAAACCAUCAAAAAAAACAAAAACUGAAGGCAGAAAAAAUGCUUUAAAAGGCAAAAAAUCCCCCCUCGGCCCAACUACAUGGUGUCAAGUAAAUCUUAAGAAAUUAGCCCCUGGCUCCCCUUUAAAAGGGAAAUAUUCACCGGAGGAACUUGAAAAAUUAAUGAAGAUCAUGAGUCCUGCUCAAGUGAAUGCCAGCCUUAAGAAAGGUACUGUUACAGGGAAAAAGAAAAGUGCCCAUAUGAUCAAUGGGCAGAAACUGUCUGGUAAGGUUCGUUCCCCUAAAAAGAACCAGAAAAACUCUAAACUUAAGCAAAUGACUUUAUUGGAUAUGGCAAAGAGUACCCCAAAAUCUGCACGAACACCAAAAACUGGUUCCUUUACUCCUAAGUCGGCAAGUAAGCUGCAUAAACGUCUCCCCCCUGCUGCUCUCCAUCUGGUUUCUUACUACCGGGAGAACAAGAAUCGUGAAGACAGAAAAGGUGCUAUUUCAGCGCUCAUCUCUAAGGUGGCCAGACUUCUUUCUGAUGAAGACCGGAAUAGACUUCCUGAUGAACUUAAGGAAUUAGUGCAGAAACGGUAUGAGUUGCUUGAGGAGCGUAAGCGUUGGGCUUUAAUGACUGAGGCAGAAAGAGAGGAGCAGAUGCGUAUGAAGAGGGAGGCAUUGAAGGCACGCAUCAAAGAAAAAGCUCGGGAGCGCAAACAGAAAGAGAAGCAGGAGCGACAAGAGAAACGGAAAAGGUUUGAGGACAAGGAAUUAUCUGGAAAGAACCUGCCAACAUUUAAGCUAGUUGAUACCCCAGAAGGGUUACCAAAUACGUUAUUUGGGGAUGUAGCUAUGGUGGUAGAAUUUCUGAGCUGUUACUCUGAGUUGCUGCUUCCAGAUGGCCAGCAUCCUGUCACUGCAGUUUCCCUAAUGGAGGCACUUGCGGCAGAGAAAGGGGGCUUUCUGUAUCUGAACAGAGCGCUUGUCGUACUUUUACAGACCCUCCUUCAAGAUGAGAUAGCGGAAGACUAUGCAGAGCUGGGUAUGAAGUUAUCCGAAAUCCCACUUACCCUUCAUUCUGCUUCUGAGCUUGUUCGUCUUUGUCUGCGAAAGUCUGAUUUGCCAGCUGGAGAAAGUGAAGCUACCGAUAAAGGAGACGAGGAGAGUGAAGGAUCUGCGGUCUUCCAGGAUGAUGAAGUGGAAGAUGAGUUCUUGGAGAAACUGGAAAAUUCUGAAUUUUUUGAACUCACAACAGAAGAAAAACUUCAUAUCCUUGCUGCUCUCUGUCACCGUAUCCUUAUGACUUACUCUGUUCAGGACCAUGUGGAAACUCAGCAGCAGCAUUCAGCAGAGUUGUGGAAGGAGCGGUUGGCUAUGCUGAAAGAGGAAAAUGAUAAGAAGCGUGCAGAAAAACAAAAGAGAAAAGAGCAGGGAGUCAAGGGUAAAGAAGAAAGCCCUCAAUUCAAACCGUCAGCUAAAAAAAGUGAAAAGGGGAAUAAAACUGAACAAACAGCAGAGCCAGAGCCCGAGCCAGAGCCCGAACCAGAGGAUAUGAUAAGUGCUGUGAAGAGCAGGAGGCUACAGGCAAUUCAAGCCAAGAAAGAAAAGGAAGAACAUGCAAAGAUUACAAAAGAAAGAUAUCAAAAGGAGGCAGAAGAAGAGAGAAUGCGCAAGCAGAAAGCCACUGCAGAGAAAGCAUUUCAUGAAGGCAUUGCCAAAGCCAAGCAAGUAUUGAGAAGGUCACCACUUGGCACAGAUCGCAACCAUAACAGGUACUGGUUGUUCUCUGAUGGCACUCCUGGACUUUUCAUUGAGAAGUGUUGGGUACAUGACAGUAUUAAUUACCACUUCAGUCUUCCUAAAGAAGAUGAAGAGCAAGAUGGAGAAGUCAACGUGGAGAGUGAAGAUGCUGACAGCAGUGUUGGUGGCCCAGAGGAUUCUUUGCCAAAGGAAGAUCAACAAGUUGAAACCACAGUACCUAAACAGGGACAGAACCUUUGGUUUCUGUGUGAUUCUCAAAAGGAGUUUGAUGAACUUCUAGACUGCCUGCAUCCGCAGGGUUUUCGCGAGAACCAGCUGAAGGAACGACUACAGAAGAGGUAUCAGGACAUUUUGCAUUCGAUUCACCUUGCUCGUAAGCAAAACUUGGGUUUAAAGACAUGUGAUGGACAACAGGAGCUGCUAAACUUUUUGCGAAGUGAUAUAAUUGAAGUAGCAACAAGACUGCAGAAAGGAGGAUUAGGUUAUCUGGAUGAUACAACAGAACUUGAAGAAAAGAUUCGUACAUUGGAAAAUCUCAAAGACUUUGGAGAGUGUGUCAUCUCUCUACAAGCAGCUGUCAUCAAGAAGUUUUUACAGGGAUUUAUGGCUCCAAAAGAGAAGAAAAAGAGAAAACCUCAAUCAGAGGAAGCUGCGGCCAAAGCUGAGGAGCAGGAUGAGGAAAAGAAAAUGGCUGAGGAGGCAAAGGUGGCAUCGGCUGUUGAAAAAUGGAAGGCUGCAAUUCUGGAGGCCCAAACAUUCUCUCGCAUGCAUGUGCUGCUAGGGAUGUUGGAUGCGUGCAUCAAAUGGGAUAUGUCAUCUGAAAACGCCCGGUGUAAAGUUUGUCGUAAGAAAGGUGAGGAUGAUAAACUUAUAUUAUGUGAUGAGUGUAAUAAGGCAUUCCAUCUCUUCUGUCUGCGGCCGGUGCUGUUAAACAUCCCUGAUGGAGAAUGGCUGUGUCCAGCUUGUCAACCAGCUACACUUAGGCGCAGCUCUCGGGGCAGGAAUUAUGCAGAGGAAUCCACUAAUGAUGAAGAGGAGGAGGAGGAAGAUGAAGAGGAUGACGAGGAGGAAGACUAUGAUGAGGAGGCAGAGAGUGAUGAUGACCAAGAUGUAGUUGGACUCCGCUUGAGAUCUCGCAAAGCUACUAAAGCAAAAACAACCAAACUUGAUCAGCCAAGACGCCGUGGACGCCCACCAAAAAAUAGGCAACCGACCAGAUCGUCACGGCAGGAUGCGGCAGAGGAAAAUGGAGCAGAUGUAGAUGAGGUGAUACGUCAGAGCAAGCCGACCUCCAGGCGCCAGAAUCAGGAGUUUCAGAAGUGUGAGGAGAUCUUGUGUAAGCUCAUAAAGUAUCGGUUCAGUUGGCCUUUCAGGGAGCCAGUGACUGCAGAUGAGGAUGAGAGCUACAUGAAAGUGGUAACGACGCCUAUGGACUUCCAGACCAUGCAAAGCAAGUGCUCCUGUGGCAACUAUCAGACCGUGCAGGAGUUCCUUAAUGAUCUGAAACUAGUAUUUGGAAAUGCCGAGAUGUACUACGAGCCGGGAAGCCAGCAAAUAUCCUGCCUAGAAAAAACAGAGCAGUGUGUAAAAGACCUCCUCGGCAAACACCUUCCAGGACACCCUUACCAAAGGAGGCAUCGCAAGCAUCAGGCGCCCGAGCCCGACAGUAAUGGCAGGGAGCGCAAGCGGAAGAAAUAAGAGGGUGACAAUAAAGGAGAGGGAGUGUGAGAGAAGGAUUUCAGAGAGGGGUAGAAGUGUGUAUGUUGAGACAGAACUGGAAGUUUACCCUAUUAGAGACCAAACAUGUUUUGUCCUUAUAUAAUGGUAUGGGAGGUUCAGUGAAGAUUCGGGUGUGUGGUGUCAUCCCCCUUUCCCCUCUUGGAUGUGUGCUGCACCCAGUGACUGAUACUCAAUCACUGUAACGCUGAAGAAGACACUCGCCGGCUUCUCUUUGAAAAUCUUUUGGAAUUGUUACUGAUUGAAUCACUAGUCUUAAGCCACCAUCAACUCCAUCUAUUUUGUUGGUGUGGAAGCUGUGCACACUUCUGUCUAAGGCACUUACUGGUGUGUCCAGCCAGAGAGCAACUCCAGAACUGAAGUUCAGAGCUGUGGCUUCUACAAAUCAUGACCUCUUCUGCAUUAUGGGCAGAGCUUCUAACCUCCAGUCAACUCUGGGACUCUUCAUUGUGUUAAACUCUAAGGAUGUCUGCACUCCACACACCUAUUGUAUUUAGAGAUUACAUGUCAACUAUUUGUAAGUGUGCCCCACAUAGACAUAGGGAGGUUCUCUGAAGCUGGAUAAAACCCUUAAAGAAUCACCAGCAUCCCCAAACUUUACCUGCCUCCCUGUAUAUAAAUGCUACCAGCAAGGACUGAUAGUUCGGAAGAUAAUUUUAUGUUCCACUCCCUCACGGAAGAAAUUUUUUAAUUUCUUUUUUUUUUUUUUUUUAUCUUUUCUGCCAACACAGGUAUCCAAACGUCAAACAGAAUUAUUUCAAAAUUAUUAUUUUUUUUUUUGUACUGACUUUUCCCUUUUCUAGAUAUUCAAUGUUUGCUUGUGAUCUUGUAUAAAGGGAGCCUUUGUCUGGGUUUGGCACAUGUACAGUACAGUUUAUAUGAAAACAAGUGUUUGCCUUUAUUAAUAUUAAAACAGAAGGAGCCACGUCCCCUCUG